AUGGACAAGAAGGCUAUGUCGGAUUUUAUUUCUCCCCUCUGGAAUAUUUGGAAUAGUAGAAACAGCAAAGUUUUUCGUAAUAUAGAGGAGGAUGCCAAGGUGACAUGGGACAGGGCUGCGGCUUUAAAUAGGGACUUUCGUAUCUUUAAUCUGUUGGACAGGCCGAUGAUACCUAAGCCUAUUGUGGAAAGGGAUUGGCAGAAAUCUGAGUCAGGAGUUAUCAAGAUUAAUUUCGAUGCUACUAUCCAUGAGAAUAUGGGGUGGUACGGUCUGGUGGCAAGGGAUACAGAUGGUUUCGUUCUUGGGGGGCGUGUGGGCAUGUCUAACAAUGUUUCGAGUAUUGAGUGGGCGGAGACGCAUGCCAUGGAAGUGAGUAUCAAUUACGCCCGUUCCAAAAACUGGAAGUACGUGGCGAUUGAGUCAGAUUGCGCAAGUAUUGUUAACCGCUUCAACAGCAGUAAGGAGGACUUCACCUUGAUGGGCCACCAGUUGAAAGAAAUUCGGAAGUUCACAGUUGGUUUCAAUUUCUUUACAGUUAAAUGGGUCCCAAGGUGUUGUAACAGAGUUGCUGAUGCCCUGUGUAAAUGGGCAAACCUUAACAAGAGCUGUAUGGACUUUAACAUGGAUUUUCCAACGGAAAUCCACGAUAUUGUUCUUAAUGAUGCGAUUAAAUAA